CAUAACUUGGCUGAGAAUCUAAAUGCAUUCAUUCAGACAUGGCAAGUAAAAAGGCCUCCAAUAAAAGGCAGAGGGGGAAUCAGAAGUCCUGCUCCAAUGUAUUUUCAAUGUUCGAGCAGUCGCAGAUACAAGAGUUCAAAGAGGCUUUCGGUUGCAUUGACCAGGACAGGGACGGGGUGAUCAAGAAGCAGGACCUGAAGGAGACCUACGCUCAACUCGGAAAACUUAACAUUAAGGAUGAGGAGCUGGAAGAGAUGCUGAAUGAAGGGAAGGGUCCUAUCAACUUUACUGUGUUUCUGACACUUUUUGGGGAGAAACUCAACGGGACCGAUCCCGAAGACACCAUACUUGCUGCUUUCAAACCUUUUGACCCCAAUGGGACAGGUUUUGUUAAUAAGGACGAAUUUAAACGUUUGCUGAUGAAUCAGGCUGAUAAAUUCACGGCAGAAGAGGUGGAACAGGCAUUCACUUUGGCACCAAUUGACCCAAUCGGAAACAUCGACUACAAGCAACUUUGCUACAUCAUCACACAUGGAGAUGAAAAGGAAGAAUCGUAACAGGCCUUAUGUGUACUCAAGUAACAAUGCUACUGCAGAGGAAUAGUUGACACUGGCAAUUAUUGGAGAUGAAGUGGAUUUUUUAAAGAUAUUUAAAGUUACUGUCAACUGCCCUUCUGUUCCUUUGAAGAAAUGCUGUACUGAAAUACUUAACAAAUAAAUUGCUGGA